GAUUCAACGUGACAAGGACUUUGCCACAAAGAAGGCUGAGAGGGCAAAUCUCAGAAUCGCACUCAGAGAUAAAUACCUUCUACCAGAUAGUGCUCAAGAUUCUGCAAUCUCUCAGAUGGCUGGUGACGACAUAGACCUGCCUGAGGAACUGGCUAAAAUGGUGGAUGAAGAUGAGGAAGAAGAGGAGAGCAACGACUCGUUCAUGAAUAAGCUUCAAAAUGUGGAUUUGGAUGCACUGAAAACCAAGGCCCAGAGCGCAAUGACCGAGAUAAAGCAGACUGCAGAGGAAAAAUGUACCGUCAUGUGAUGUAUUAAUAUACGUUGUAAAUGGUUUGAACCCAGGCCUUCAGAGAUAAAUA